AUGGUGGAAGUGUCCAGGGCCCUCAUGAAGGGCCGUAGCGCAGCACAGCAGAGGGAGGCAGUCAUUGCAGGCUUUCCCAGUGUUCCGCCCUGGUUCAGGAAGGCCUUCCCCUAUUCCAAGUGGGGCGCCGGGCUCAAUGCGCGCAUCACACCGGCCUUCUUCACCUGGCUGGUGGGGCCCAUGCAGACAGUGGAAGCUACACUCAGCGAUGGCACAGUUCAAAAGAGUGGCGUGCACAUUGAGCGAUGCAGGUAUUUGGCAGAGAGCAAGUGCGCCGGGAUGUGCGUGAAUUUGUGCAAGGCGCCGGUGCAGACUUUCUUCACAGAAGAGCUGGGCAUGCCUCUCACAAUGAAGCCCAACUUUGAGGAUUUCAGCUGUGAGAUGGUUUUCGGGCUGACGCCGGCGCCUCUACAAGAAGACGAAGUCAUGCAGGCCGCAUGCUUGAAAGAGUGCGCAACAGGAGUGCUCGAUAGGCCAAAGUGCCACAAGCUGUUGUGA